UUAAAAAACACGCUCAGCUGCCUGUUGAGACGGUGUAUGCGUCGGUACUGAGCACAAAUGAUGUGCACUAGUCUGGCGGAGGUUCGCAUGACCCGGAUGUGACGUCGCGUCACCGGCAAAGGCAAACAGCGCACGAGAGCUUGAGGUCACGCGUGUAAAAUCGGUUGACAUUAAUCUGCAAUAAGUUAUUGGAUCGCGCGGACUGAUCGGUCGUCAUGGUGUUCCUCACGCUCUCCUGCUGGAUCCGGAACCGCGGACCGGACCGAUACUGGAAAGUGCAGGAGCUUCUGAAGAACGCGCGGCAUUUCCGCGGCAGGAAGAACCGCUGCUACAGUCUGGCGGUGCGCGCCGUCCGCAGGGCGUUUGUCUACGCCAGCAAAGCACGGAAAGCCAAACGACGCAGUAUGAGACAGCUGUGGAUCCAGCGCAUCGCCGCGGCCACCAGAGAGCACCACAUGAAGUACCCGGCGCUCAUACACAACCUGCUGAAGUGCAGCGUUCAGCUGAACAGACGCGUGUUGUGCGACCUGUCCGUCACCGAGCCGCGGUCGUUCCGGGCGCUCGCCGCACUGGCCCACGCGCGCCGGACCGAGGGGCUCAGAGCCGCGCUGGGCGACGGGAGCGAACCGCCGGGCGUUUUCUCACGCAUCACACAGCUGCAGUGAAUCACCCCGCCCUGAACCUCCGCCAGCCAAUCACAGCGCAGCUGACCAUGUGACCUCAGAUGGCUGCUGAGUGCCUGUCUGGAUCGGUUCCUGUAAAUAAGUGUCAUUUGUGUGUGUGUUUAUGAUGUCAAUAAAACAUUUUCCUAUUUAAUGAGA